UACUUCUUCAUUGAAGCGUUGUAGUGCUAGGCCGCAGUAGUAUAAUAAUCUGUGAGUAGUUGCUGCAAAUUGUCAUGGCUCCUCCAUUCAAAGUUGUCGUCACAGGGUUUGGACCGUUUCGCGACCAUAAAGUCAAUGCAAGCUGGGUGACUGUGCAGAAAAUGAAGGAAACUGGUGGUCUUGGGUCGGACAUAGAACUUGAGAUUGUUCAUAUUGAAGUAGAGUACGGAACAGUGGAUCAGGUCGUUCCUAAACUAUGGAAGCAACACAAACCUCAGCUCAUGGUUCAUGUAGGUGUGUCUGGUAGAGCAAAGUCUAUUACCUUAGAAGAGUGUGCGAAGAAUACGACAUAUGCAACUCAAGACAACAGUGGAAAAUGUCCUCGUAAUGGUUGUUGCAAGAAAUCUGGGGAUUCCUGUCUGAAAUCGAGCCUCGAUAUGAAAAAAAUAGCAGAGGAAGCGAAGAAAAUCAACCCAGAUAUCGAGAUCGAAACUUCUAAAGAAGCAGGAAGAUAUCUGUGUGAAUACAUCUACUAUACUUCUCUACAUUUGAAAAAAGGGGCGUCAGCUUUCGUCCAUGUUCCGCCCCUGAAUCGUAAAUAUACUGAGGAAGAACUGGCAACUGGUUUACGUACUGUAAUAACUCUUAUGAUUGACCAAAUAAGGUCAAGAUGACAUGACAAUUGUUGUAUCAUAAAAGAAUUAGUAUCACCCUGACAUAAGCUUCAUUUUUUACCAAUUUUUGUCUUUUUUGUAACAAAAGUGUAGAUUUUUUUUAUUAUGUAAAUUUAAAUAAUUUGUGUAAACUUCUUUAUAGGAAUUUUAAAACUUUGUUGACUUAUAAAUAUGUGUAAUUUUUGCUUUCAAUUAUAUCUGCUUGCCUCUUUUUUGAAGCGGCACACAUAGAAAGCUUCAAAAGUUAUUUUUCGCGCUUAUAUGAUUGUAUUUCUGUAAUAGCUAUGUUCAGUUAUCCUCAGUAAAAAAAUGUGAAGCCAGACUUUCGAACCUCAAUGCUUUUGUUUAUGUGCCCUAAAUGUAUAGAGAUCCACCAGUCAAGAGUUAAAGAAAGGCAGUCUAAUUGCCUCUAUGAAAGAGGUCAUUCAAAUGAUUAUUAGGAUUAUAUAUCAACUCCUAUUCCAAACCUGCUGUCUAUAUGGCGACUGAUACCAUACAUUGGUAUGGUUUACAUAUACACGCCUUUUUAGUUCACAAGCUUAAAAUGUCCUAUUUUUGAAAUUUUUUCAGAAUUUGUUAAUCUUUGGCUCUCGUUGCUGGAUAAAUGGGGCUCAUUUUAUAAAGUUUUGCCAAUUUCGCAUGACAUUUUCACAAUUUUUCUUCCAGGUAAUUUUUUAUUUUUUUAGGUGUAGAAUGCCGUAAUGUGUUGAACAUUAAAAAAA